AUGCAGAUUCGCAGGCUUCAUUUCUCCUAUCGGCUCUGUCUCUCUCGUUUCCGCUCAUUAGAUCCCUCUUUCAUAAGUUUCUCUCAGGGAACAUCGGGAAGAAAGAGCAAUGGAGUCACAUUCACCAAGUUCUUCAGUAAGCUUUUUGCCAAGAAGGAGAUGCAUAUCCUGAUGGUUGGUCUUGAUGCAUCUGGUAAGACAACCAUAUUGUACAAGCUCAAGUUGGGAUGUUGGUGGCCAGGACAAGAUCCGUCCAUGCACUAUUUCCAGAACAAGCACGGUCUCAUCUUUAUUGUUGAUAGCAAUGAUAGAGAUCGUAUUGUGGAGGCAAGAGAUGAAUUGCACAUGAUGUUGAAUGAAGAUGAGCUCCAUGAUGUUGUGCUGCUUGUAUUUGCUAACAAAAAAGAUCUUCCAAAUGCAAUGAAUGAUGUUGGACUGCGCGGCAAAAAUCACUACCCCUCUUGGGGAUGCUCUGAGGUUGGCGUAAGAAAAUUACUUUUGUCCAAAGACAUUGAAGGUGAAAUGGAGGCAUCUAAUUUCGUGUGGGGCAAUGGAAAGAGAAAAUUGGAAGGGGAAAAAAUACAAAUCUGA